AUGAAAAGUUUAAAAUUUAUUAAAUACUGGGAGAUACAAUAUAACAUUUUGGGAGCGCUGGUUAUACUAUUAAUAUGGGUAUGUAGUCUAGUCUGGGGCAGGAGAUUGAGAAGGAGUCGCAGUGUAAGAAUAAGGGGACAAACAUUAACAAUUGAGGGGCAUAAUGGGGAGGAGGAUAUGAUGGGUAAAGUUACGUGGCUACCUGUUCAGGAAUUAAUUAAGGGAUGGACGGAUAGUGAUGUUAGUAGAGAUUUAUAUAGUUCUGAUAAACGUUAUUUCGAAAGUAAUCAAGAGUUACGACCGUAUAGAGAGCCCAGAGAGAAUUCUCGGGGAAGAAGAUUAGAAAUAAGACAAAAUUUUGUGCCGCGUGAAAAGGGAGUAAUGAGUUGUUAUAAUUGUGGUAAACCAGGUCAUAUGCUCAGAGAAUGCCGCGAGGCAAAAUGUUUUGGGUGUGGGAAGUUAGGACAUAUAGCUCCGUAUUGUCCAAAUAAGCAAGAGAGAUUAAGAUGCGCGGGUUGUGGUCGAUUUGGGCACAAUAAAUGGGAGUGCAAUACGAGCAAUUACAUUAAUAAAAGCGGUUUUCCACAAAGAGAAGUUGGUUCCAGUGCUUCAAAUGUGAGGACAAUUGAGCGGGAAAAAACGGAGGGGGUUAGGGUAGUAAAUAUCGAAAAUGUGGAGGAAAAAAAUAUGGAAUGUUUUUGGUGCCGACAGAAUGGACAUGUGGCGAUGGACUGUAAAAAUUUGUGA